AUUCGAAAGACUCAUCAACGAGAGAAGACGAAGGAAAAAAAAUAAAAAAAAUGGGGGCCAAUGUUUCGACUGUUUACGAGACCAAUGGAGCGACAAACACCAUUGAACGACAACCGUACAAGAAAAAUCAGGUUAUUGCAGUUCACUCCUCGUCAAACUGGAGAGUCCAUUUCGAAGCCUCCAAGCAAACUUCAAAACUGAUUGUCAUCGACUUCACAGCUUCUUGGUGCGGGCCAUGUCAGUUCAUUCUGCCGUCUGUCAAUGAGUUUGCUGAGAAAUACGGAGAUGUCGACUUCAUCAAGAUUGAUGUUGAUGAGUUACAUGAUGUGGCACAAGAAUUUGGAGUACAGGCCAUGCCAACUUUCAUACUGAUGAAGGGAGGGAAAGAAGUAGACAAAGUUGUAGGGGCAAAAAGGGAAGAUCUCCAAAAGAAGAUUGAGAAACACAGAUUCUGAUAUAUAUGUAUACAUAUAUAUAUCAAUAAAUAAAUUAAUUAAUAAAAUAAAACUAUGUUUAUGUUCUA